AUGUCCCUUCCGCAAACCAAAUCAGCGUGGCUGAUGCUUGCCAUCUCCAGUGGCGCUUGUGCAGCUUUUAAUGGCGUGUUCGCAAAGCUCACAACAACAGAGCUCACAGCCUCCUGGUCAAGCUCCAUAGCCCUCUCAUUUGGGCUGAGUGCUUCUAACAAGAUUGUUGAAUAUGCGAUACGAGGUCUCUUUUUCGGCAUGAACCUCCUCUUCAAUGCGAUCAUGUGGGGGCUUUUCACACGCGCCCUUACUCUCGCUUCCUCCACCGUGCGCGUCAGUAUCAUAAACACGUCUGCGAACUUCAUCGUCACCGCCGUCCUCAGCUUCAUUAUCUUCAGCGAGAAUCUACCGGGACUGUGGUGGCUCGGUGCAGCCAUGCUAGUAGCUGGGAGUGUGAUUAUUGGAAUGAGGGAAGAGACGGAGAAGAAGAGUGUGGUAGCUACAACGGGAGAGGCCCCACUUCUCGACCGUGAUGGCGAUGCGAACGCCGAGGGCUUCAGGGACGACGAUGACGAAGGCGAGGAGAGAGUCGAACUCAACAGUGUGAAGAAUACAGGAGGAGACAGUAGCGACGAAGACGGUGUGUUGAAGUAG